AACCGCAGUGAUUCGGCAAAGGGGAAAAGCGCGGACUCCAGCCAGCGGCGAAAAAAGGGAGCAGGAUAGAGCGGAGUGUCAGGCUCCCUGCGGGAAUUAGCGCGGCUUCUCCCCGCCCCCUCCUUUCAGGGCUCGGGCUGACAAAUUAAGCCUAUCUCCCCGCUCGUGCGUUGGACGCUUCCAACAGCCGUCUGGAGACGGUGUUUCUCUUCCCAUUGGUUCUCUGACAUGUCGCUCACUUCUAGCUGGACCAAUCAGCUGGCGAGGAAGAUCCCACCCAGGCUAAAGUGAGAGACAGGUUGGCGAAUUAAAGGUUUCAGAGAAGCAGCUGGGUUCGUCUGUAUCCGCAAAAGGAACAGGCGUCCUUGCCCCAUCUUAGAAACUAACAAAUUUAUUGCAGCAUAAGCUUUCCUGGGCUACAGCUCACUUCAUCAGAUGCAUAGAAUGGAACAUAUAGUAAGAGGAUAUAGAUAUAUACAGACAGAGAAGGUGGAAGUUGCCAUACCAACUGAAAGAGGCUAAUUAAUUAAGAGACUGUCCCGUUUGGCCAAUGUACAUGGCAGAGGAGCAUUGCUGGCACAUGAUGGCAUAUAUCACAUUGGUAGAUGUGCAGGUGAACGAGCCCCUGAUGGUCGUUUUAACUCUUCUCUUGGUGUAGUCUGCGUUUGUACAGCUAAUUCCUACCUGCAACAUAUUUUUCAUCGGAUGAUUAAUCGUUAAAAGGACACCCAGGCUGACGGUCUAGCAGAAGGGGAUACUGCUAUCGAUGCAGUGCCUUGGGAGAGACUUCCUGGAAUUUCCUGAGUGCCCUGUUCUUGCAUCUGGCUGAUAGUAUGAAGAUAGGCAAUAUUUUCAACCCUUAUAAUAUUCUAUUACAAGAUCCACAACCUUUUCAGGAGCAUUCUCAGAAAAUUGCUAUAUCUAAGAUAGAGGACAUACAAUGUAAUCUCCAGCAGCUAAAGACCAUGUGACUGUGUUGUUUUGUGGCAAUGCGGCUGGGCAUUUAAUAAAGCCGAGCUUGCUCUACAGGGCUGCAAAUCCCCGUGCCCUAAAAGGCAAGAACAAAAAUCUCCUGCCCGUGUUCUGGCAAUCAAAUAAAAAGGCUUGGGUGAUGGCAGCAUUAUUUCUGGAUUGGUUCCACAAGUGUUUCGUUCCGGAGGUCAAGCGGUACCUCGAAGAGAAAGGACUUGACUUUAAAGUGUUGCUGAUAGUAGACAAUGCUCCUGGCCACCUUGAGGCACUCCGGUUUGUGUAUAACGACGUUGAAGUUGUCUUUCCCCACUCACCAAUACCACCUCCAUCCUCCAACCUCUCAAACCAGUCGUGAGUCGCCGUUUCAAGGCCACGUCCAUGAGGCUUAUGUUCUCACGGAUACGUAGCACUAUGGAUGCUGAUCCCAAUCUUAAUGUGAUGGAGUGUUGGAAGUCCUUCAACACUGCUGAUUGCAUCACUUAUAUUAAACAGGCAAUGGAUGCAAUCAAGCCUGAAACAGUCAAUGCAUGUUGGCAAAACCUAUGGAAAGAAUGUGUGAAUGAUUUUAAGGGUUUCCCGACCAUUGACAAAGAAGUGAAACGCAUUGUUCAGGUGACCAGGCAAGUGGGUGGCGAUAGCUUCGUCGACAUCCUUGAGGAAGAAAUUGAAGAAUUAACUGAGAGCCAUAGAGAAACACUGACUAACAAAGAGUUAGAGGAACUGAUAAAAUCGUCUACAGAAGACGAAGAUGAUGAUGAUGAUGAUGAUGAACAGGAAGAGCCAGCAAGUUGGAAUCUUCAUAAAUUUGCUGAAGUGUUCCAAGCAGAGAAACACUUGAAUGAUUUAAUUUCUGAAUACGAUCCCUCUAUGGAACGAAGCCUCAAAAUCACACGUAGUAUUACGGACGAUUUGAGACUGUAUCAAGAAAUGUUUGAGCAGCUCAAGAGACAACAGCGACAGUUGCCGAUCACCAUGUUUUUCAAGGAAAAACAACCAGCAGCAGAUGAGCCUAUGCAAUCAACUUCUCGAACUGAACCAGAGCCAACCACUUGGUCUAUGACUCGCUCUCCGUCACCUCCGUCUCCUGGAUUGACAUCAAGCCCUGACGACCCCCUGUAAUUUCCCCUGCUGUAAUUAAAAAUACAGUACUGUAAAAUUAUAUUUUGCAUAUGUACUCUUUAUUAGAUACUGUACAUUACUGAAUACAUUGUACAUUUAUACAUAUUAGUGUACAGGGUUGUACAGUAUACAGAACCAUGUACAGUCUACUGUACUUUAUGGGCAAUUUAAGGGAUUUUCAAGGGUAAUUUUGACUACAUGCAAUUUUCACUUUACGCGCUGACUUUAGAACUUAACCCCCGCGUAAGAUGCGACUCGACUGUGUAAUGUUGCUCUGAGCUUUUAAACAGCUGCCAUAUUCCAUCCCAGUGGUAACUGCACUUCAGUGUUGGAUUAACGGAUCCCUAUUUAUAUCCAUUACAUUGGUUUACUUAGGAGUAUAAAGUGCUUUGCAUGUCUAUAAUUAUUCUAAGUCAAGAACCUCAGAGUGUAUUAUUAA